UCACGCUUCUGGCUCCUGCUAGAAAGAGGCUCCCGCCAGCGUGGUUUGGGGCCAACCCUCGAAAGGUUAUUGUUCCGAAGCCGCUCACCUCUUCCCCAAGCUGCCCGCGCCGAGGCGAUCGCCCGGCAGAGGGCGCUAGACGUCCACCUUGCGCCCCCAGGGAGGUGGGGGCUAGGUAAGCGGAACCGCUAUUCCCCACCCUCAACCCGCAGCCACCUAGGCGCCCGAAGGGCCAGACCGGGUGGGCAGACACGACCCCCGUGCCAGCGUCUUCCCUGACACCACCAACCUACCUCCUGUGGGGGAACAGGUCAGAGGCGGGCUUGCCCCAGGCCACGCAGCUGAGGCGGGGCAAAACGGGGGGCUUUUCCCAGAGCUUGAGACCGAGGCUCCUCGAACCCGGGUGCUGGAGGGACAGUCCGCCAAUCAAAGAGUCCCUGUCUGAUGGGGGAGGCCGAGCCCGCCAAUCAGAGGGACCCUGCCAGAAGGCGGAGCCUGCCAAUCAGGGGUGCCGGGCGAGGAGCAGCAGAAACGUUUGGAUCUUGCCGGUGGGGGGCGCGCCGUGACGCGCGCGGGAGGGGGUAGGAGCUGCGCUUGCUGUUGAGCACCCCGUUUCUCAGGUGCCUCAGUUUCUCCGGGAAUGAGAGGUGAACGCCCCGGGUCGGGGUUCUAGCAGGAAGGAAACUGAGGCUGGGAGGUCGGCCCGGGUGGCUGCCUGGCGGAGGCGGCGCCGGCCCAGAAGGGGCGGGGCUUCUUCUAGCCCCGCCCCUGGGGCCGCCCCCACCCCGAUCCCUCAGCCCCAGCGCUCCGCCGGGCGCGCCACUGCCAGUGCUGCCGGCUCCGGGCUAUGGACGCCCCCGGGGCCCCGACCCCGACCGCCGCCCCGGGCCCGGGUCCGGGCAGGAGGGAGCUGAAGAUCGUGAUCGUGGGCGACGGCGGCUGCGGCAAGACCUCGCUGCUCAUGGUGUACAGCCAGGGCUCCUUCCCCGAGCACUACGCGCCAUCCGUGUUCGAAAAGUACACGGCCAGAGUGACCGUGGGCAGCAAGGAGGUGACCCUGAACCUCUACGACACCGCCGGGCAGGAAGAUUAUGACCGGCUUCGGCCCCUGUCCUACCAGAACACGCACCUCGUGCUCAUCUGCUAUGACGUCAUGAACCCCACCAGCUAUGACAACGUCCUCAUCAAGUGGUACCCUGAGGUCACCCACUUCUGCCGUGGGACCCCCAUGGUACUCAUCGGCUGCAAGACAGACCUAAGGAAGGACAAGGAGCAGCUGCGGAAGCUCCGGGCGGCCCAGCUGGAGCCCAUCACCUACACGCAGGGUCAGAGCGCCUGCGAACAGAUCCAAGCUGCCCUCUACCUGGAAUGUUCUGCCAAGUUUCGGGAGAACGUGGAGGAUGUCUUCCGAGAGGCCGCCAAGGUUGCCCUUAGUGCUCUGAAGAAAGCACAGCGGCAGAAAAAACAACGGAUAUGCCUGCUGCUCUGACCCCUGGGGGGCACACGGCCCUCACGACAGGACUGACAGGGCCUGGCUCCCCAGGCAGUCUGUCCAGGCAGGAUCCCCAGACCCAACUCUUGAAAGGCACUUGGAGUUGGGCAUCUCCAGGGCCUGGGGCUAGACUCGUAGAACAUUCUGGAACUCUCUCCUUUCCCAACUAGACCAUGAACUCACCUCCGGGCUCACUGGAGCUGUGGCCUGCGUGGUGGUGGGUGAGGGUGCUGGACUCAGUCCUUCUGUACUCUGGAACCGGCACUUGUCCCCGAGACCCAGGAGUGCCCUCUUCACAACCUCCCCUCAGCCAUGUGUGUCCCCCCUCUUUGGACAGCCAAUAGGUCCUCAAAGCCUAUGCUUGAAAUGAAAAACUACUGCUAUGUGGAUAAAUGUGGACUUGGCACCAUUCCACGUGCCCCCCCCAAGCCUGCAGCUCCCAUGUCACCCGCCUCCCUGGGCUCCUGAGAUAGGCCCAGCUGCAUCCUCCAGCUUCUUGCUUCCUUCCCCCAGGAACUCAGGGGCCACAAUGGGACCGGGGCCUAUCAGGGGAGCACGGCAACAGCCCCCAGCCACCCUCCCUCCCCCCCCCAUACAGAGGACUUCAGUCUCGGCCUUCAGCUUGGCCGCCAUCUUUCCAGAGCUGGUUGCACAUGCCCAAGGAGAAGAAAGUCUCUCAAAAAGCAAAAGGUAUACCCUGGACCACCCACCCGAACUCCCCUCACCUGCAACCUCCCACUGCCGGAAACUCAAGAUGAAAACUGACAACAGCCCUGAGUGAUCUUGGGCAAGGCAGUUAUCUCUCUAGAGUAUUUCCUUAUCUGCAGGACGGCACUGGCUCAUUCUAAAAGUCAUCAAGCUCCCCUCUGCCCCUCACAGCCUCCACUUUUGCCAAGAUGUGGAGUUCUGGAACUGAGACCAUCCUGGCCUCCUGCAAGAAAGGACUUUCAACCCCCAGCUGCAGGUUCACUGAACCUCCUUUUCGCAAGUCUGGAGUCGGGGGGUCCAGGAGUUUUUAAACAAGUGCCCCAGGUGGUUCUAAUGCUCCAGAGACUGAGAGCUGCUUGGUUCGAGCCCAGGAGUCAGCGUUACCUAAGAUGGGAUAAUGGCUUCAGGUGGCUCCUGCCUCAGCCCCCCCUUGCCCAGUGCUGUGGGCCACGCUAAGCCUGAGCCUCUCUGAAAUCAAGUGGUAGGAAAAGAGACUGCUGAAGUCCACCCCACCCCACCUAGGUUCCCCAAGGUCCUGCCGUGCCCUGGGGAGUCAAUAGAGCAUUCACAAGGACCUCUUGUUCUAGCAGAAUCCAAGGCCUUGUGGACAAAUGAUGGUCUAGGACAGAGGUCUGCAAACUACAGUCUGUGGGCCAAAUUUGGCCGCUGCCUGUUUUUGUAAAUAAAGUUUUAUUGGAACACAGCCACGGCCAUUCAUUUAUGCAUUGGCUGCUUUGCCCUACGACUGCAGACUAGAGUAGUUGUGACAGAGACCAUCUGGCCCUCAAAGCCUAAAAUAUUUACCAUCUGGGCCUUUACAGGAAAAGUUUGCCGACACCUAGUCUAGGGCAAACCCAAGUGCCUAACAGGCCUGAUGGAAGGCCCAAAGGGUGAAGGAGGACAGGGAUAAAAGGGAGUAGUGGGGCCUGCGGCACACUAGAAAACAAGCACCCCACCCUAGGCAGGCAGCUCAGCCCAGCCAGGUGCUGCCCCGUGGGAAUAUUGCCAGAUCUUUCCAUUCUUCUUGGCAAAGCAGAAAUCUGGAUUUUUAUGUGGAAUCUUACUGGGGGAGGAGGGGAAAUUUCAUGUUUUAAAAAUGUAACUAAUUAAAAAAAUUUAAACCCC